AUGAUAAAUACCGGUUUCAUUGUUGGUGUCGUUGGGGUCUUACUCUACGAGAUCACCACCAUGGACGCUACCAUUUCCCGGGGUUGGACCUCGGAAGAACUCGCCGCCCGUAUUCCGAUGGACGUGUGGGCCGGCUACUCACAGGUUUUGGAAAACUCGCCGGUAGCCACCAAGGCCGCCACUUCGGCGACCGUCUACACCAUUGGCGACUUUAUUGCGCAGCGUACCCAGGGUGCGGCCAUGGGUGACCUGGAUCGGGGCCGCAUUGUCCGUUCCAUGCUGGCCGGACUGAUCGGACACGGACCACUCAGUCACUUUUGGUACAAUGUCUGCGAUCACUUUUUCGACAAUGUGCUGCACUGGACCGCUUGGUGGAGUUUCUUCCCCAAAGUAGUUGUCGACCAAACCACGUGGGGUCCCAUUUGGAACAAUACUUACAUUCUACUCCUCGGUCUGAUGAAGUUGGAAAAACUCGAAACGAUCUGGUCCGACAUGAAGCGUACCACGGUCCCGCUCAUCCUUUCCGGUCUGAAGCUGUGGCCGCUCGCACACUGCGUCACGUACGGACUGGUCCCGGUCGAAAACCGACUGCUCUGGGUGGACGCGGUCGAAAUUCUGUGGGUCACCAUUCUGGCCACGACCGCCGCCGAGGCGCACGCAGACGCCAAAGUCGACACCAAAAGC